AUGAACUUGAGUGAACUUAACGACUUCGAAAGGGAACCUCCAUUGAAUGUGAUACAGUGGCUUCAAAGAUGCUAUUUACUACCCAAUCCUCUACAAUGCGCACAGUGUAAUUGUGAAAUGGAAUUGACAGUGAGGACUGGUAACCAUGUAGAUGGAUUUCUAUGGCGAUGCAGUGGUUGCAGAAAAAGGCGGAGUUUACGAUCGAACAGUUUCUUCGCCGAAUUUCCAAAGGUGCCACUUCUUACGCUACUUAAGAUCAUCUACUACUUCGUUCAGGAUGACUCGCAACGAAGAAUUUUGCGAACCCUGAAUUUAAAUGCAAGUUUGGUGUCACAAAUAUGCAGACGCCUACAAGAUGUGUGCUCUCUGGACCUGCAGACGCGUCCAAUAAUACCAUUUGGUGGCCCGGGUGUUGUGGUGAAAUGUGAUGAAAGUAAAUUUAAUCACAAAGCAAAGUACAACAGGGGAAGGAGGGCUGCUCGUGACUCGUGGGUGUUUGGUAUAGUCUCUUGUGCGAAUAGUCCCGCAAGAGGCUAUUUCCAAGUAGUGGACAGAAGGAAUGCGGCAACCCUUCUGCCCAUCAUUCAAAGAUGCCUUUUGCCAGGCACAGAGGUGCACAGCGAUGAUUGGGCCGCAUAUCGAAGACUCCAACUUUUGCCCAAUGUCAACAGGCACCGAGUUGUUGUGCACGCGCACAAUUUUGUGGAUCCACAAACAGGCGUGCACACACAAGAGGUGGAGUCCGCUUGGAGUCAGUUAAAACUGGGGCAGAAAAGAAGAAAGGGGCUGCGCAGAGGAGAUCUUCAAUCCUACCUGGACGAGAGAAUGUGGCGGCAAUGGAGAGGGGGCAGCUACGGAGUGAUUAUGCGCAAUUUCCUUGCCAUUUUGCCGCUACAAUUUCCAACCGAUAAUCCGGUACUUUAA